AUGCCAGAUAUUAGCAAUGGUGAUUAUGGCCUUUACUACCCGGUAAUUAUCAUCGGAGCUGGAAUAUCUGGCAUCGGAUGUGCGUGCCAGCUGCAACGCAAAUCAAGAGUGGAUCAAUUCAUGAUUUUUGAGGGUCAGGGCGGAAUCGGUGGGACAUGGUGGAGUCACCGGUACCCAGGGGUAGCUACUGACUCACCCUCACCACUAUACUCUUAUUCUUUCGCUCCCAAGGCAAACUGGUCGGGUCCCAAGGCUACUGGCAAGGAGAUGUACGCCUACCUGCUUGCGAUCUGCGAGCAGUACAAACUCCUAGAUAGGAUCCAACUCAAUAGCGCCGUCAUGGAGUUGACGUGGGAUGCCACUCGAGAUGAAUGGCAGGCGACGGUCGUCACCCCCGAGAGUCAAACCACUGUAAGGGCCAAAAUCGUGAUCAGCGCAGUCGGCAAGGUCGGAACUCCCGACAUGUCGGUAUUGAGAGAUAUCCCAGGCAUCGAGACAUUUCAGGGCCAUACAAUGCACACGGCGCAGUGGGAUGACUCUAUUCCCUUGAUGGGCAAAGACAUCACGGUCCUAGGUGGGGGAUGCAGCGCUGCGCAGCUCGUGCCGCAACUGUUGCUUCCCGGGGGCACGAUUGGGCCAGGAUCAGUCACCCAAAUUGUCCGUUCGCCUCACUGGGUCACUGCGGAUCCUUACUCGGGUAAAUUGUUGGAAUUAUGGAAUCGAUGCAUGCCAUUGAUUACCAGGAGCAGACUAGGCGCCUGGUUGGCCCGUCUCGUGCUUUUCAGCAUCUACGAACUGUUCCACUUCACCUUCUAUAGGCCGCAUCCCAAGGGAGGCAAGCUGCAAAGAUGGUUACAACGGAUACUGAUGCGCUACCUGGGCCAGAGGGCCCCGAAGGAAUAUCAUAGCAUGCUCACGCCAAGAUACGCGGUUGGGUGUAAGAGGCUAAUCCUCGAUCCAGGCUGGUUUGACAGUUUAUACGAUCCGAGGUUUCGCCUUCACAAUUCACCCAUCAAGCGGUUCGAGCACACCUCAGUGAUCCUGGACCACGGCGGCCUGGAAGUCAAAGUGCCCACUGAUGUACUCAUCCUGGCGACAGGAUAUAGCCCAAGUGCAAAUCUUCUCUCGUCUAUGCGCAUCAAGGGGACAGAUGAAGCCGAUCUCCACGACUUAUGGGCUGCAAGGGGAGGACCACAAGGUUAUUUAGGUGUCGCAAUGGACCAUUUCCCCAAUCUUUUCUUUAUCCACGGACCAAAUUCUUCGGUUGGGCACACUAGUGUCAUGGCCGGUAUUGAGAACUCCAUCACCUAUAUCCUGCACCUCGCCGAGCCUGUACUGAACGGUAAAGUCGCAGCCCUGGAGGUCAAGGAGGAAGCGUGUCUGCGGUGGACCAGGAAAGUGCAGCUAGCUUCGAAAGACUCCAUUUGGGCCAAAGGCGGCUGCACCAACUGGUACAUUGAUUCAAAUGGCUGGAACUCGAUGAUCUACCCAUUCUCCCUAUUCUACAACUUCUACACUUGCAUAUCGCCAGAUUGGAACGACUGGACCCUCACUUACACAAAGCUGGGAUUUGGUCAGCCUCUGCGAACAAGAUCAAGGUUCCCGCUCUGGAUCGUGGUUAUUGUGAUUACUUGUUUUAUCCCCCUCUUCACGCAAUUCGCCCUGAAGAGUACUACCGGAGAGACAUUAUAG